CUGGCCUUGCGUGGCGCUCCAGGACCAAUGGGAUACACUGGCCGUUCUGGGAUCUUGGGUCCACCCGGCAACCCCGGCUUAAAGGGUGAGCCUGGAGACUUCGGGCCCCAGGGUCGAGCUGGAGCUGACGGGGCCCGGGGCAUGCCUGGAGAAAAUGGGGUCAAGGGCGACCGUGGUUUUGACGGACUCCCGGGCCUGCCAGGGGAAAAGGGACAUCGGGGUGACUCCGGUGCGCAAGGGCUUCCUGGGCCCCAUGGCGAAGACGGCGAGAGGGGAGACGAUGGAGACGUGGGGCCACGUGGGCUUCCUGGAGAACCGGGACCCCGUGGUUUGCUCGGACCGAAAGGGCCCCCCGGAAUCGCAGGCCCCCCGGGCGUGCGUGGAAUGGAUGGACCUCAUGGAUCGAAGGGGAACCUGGGGCCACAAGGAGAGCCGGGCCCUCCCGGCCAGCAGGGAACCCCAGGGACUCAGGGUCUGCCUGGACCACAAGGCGCCAUGGGGCCUCCGGGAGAAAAGGGCCCCAGAGGGAAACCUGGCGUACCAGGGAUGUCUGGCAUGGACGGACCCGCUGGCCACCCUGGAAAAGAAGGUCACCCUGGAAGCAAAGGAAACCAGGGCCCGUCUGGUCCUCAAGGUCCAAUUGGCUACCCAGGCCCUCGUGGCGGGAAGGGCGUUGAUGGCAUCCGUGGAUUGAAAGGGCACAAAGGGGAGAAGGGAGAAGAAGGAUUCCCUGGCUUCAAGGGGGACCUGGGGGUGAAAGGCGACCGGGGGGAAGUCGGUGUCCCAGGAUCCCGAGGUGAGGACGGCCCAGAGGGUCCCAAAGGGCGGACCGGCCCCCCUGGAGAUCCAGGCCCCCUCGGUCUUCUUGGAGAGAAGGGGAAGCUGGGAGUUCCGGGUCUGCCUGGCUACCCGGGGAGACUGGGCCCCAAGGGCUCACAAGGUUUCCCCGGAUUCCCUGGGACAAACGGCGAGAAAGGAGGACGGGGUCUCUCUGGGAAGGCAGGCCCCCGAGGAGAGCGCGGGCCCACGGGCCCCCGAGGUCAGCGCGGGCCAAGAGGAGCCACGGGGAAGCCGGGAGCAAAGGGCACCUCCGGCAGUGAAGGACCGGCAGGACCUCCCGGCGAGCGGGGGCUGCCGGGACCGCAAGGGCCAAACGGGUUCCCUGGACCGAAAGGACCGCCGGGUCCCCCCGGAAAGGACGGGUUGCCAGGCCACCCUGGACAGCGUGGAGAAGUUGGCUUCCAAGGCAAGACGGGCACCACUGGGCCUCCCGGAGUGGUGGGACCUCAGGGAGCUGCAGGAGAAACGGGACAGAUGGGGGAGCGAGGGCACCCCGGACCACCCGGACCCCCCGGAGAGCAAGGCCUGCCUGGACCGUCUGGCAAAGAAGGCACAAAGGGGGAUCCCGGCCCUCCUGGGGGCUUAGGAAAAGACGGCCCAGCGGGACUGCGAGGUUUCCCUGGAGAACGCGGCCUUCCUGGGACUCCCGGCGGAGGUGGUUUGAAAGGCAACGAGGGACCUCCCGGCCCCCCAGGACCUGCCGGUUCUCCAGGAGAGAGAGGAACACCCGGGACCGGAGGCCCCAUCGGUCCCCCAGGAAGGCCGGGGCCUCAAGGACCGCCUGGCCCUGCUGGGGAGAAGGGGGUGCCUGGCGAGAAAGGUCCGCUUGGCCCCGCUGGCCGCGACGGAGUCCAGGGCCCUGUUGGGCUACCCGGCCCAGCAGGACCGCCGGGGGGCUCAGGUGAGGACGGCGACAAGGGCGAAGUGGGCGAUCCAGGGCAGAAGGGGGCCAAGGGCGGCAAAGGGGAGCACGGGCCACCCGGCCCACCCGGCCCGUUGGGACCUGUCGGGCAACCAGGAGCUGCAGGAGCUGAUGGGGAGUCCGGAGCGAGAGGUCUUCAAGGCCACUUUGGGGCCAAAGGGGACGAGGGGACACGGGGGUUCAACGGCCCCCCUGGGCCCAUCGGGUUGCAGGGUCUCCCGGGACCAGCCGGAGAAAAGGGCGAGACGGGAGACGUGGGGCCGAUGGGACCACCCGGACCUCCAGGCCCACGAGGCCCAGCCGGACCUUCCGGAGCUGACGGUCCACAAGGCCCCCCCGGAGGUGUGGGAAACCUUGGCCCCCCAGGGCAGAAGGGGGAGCCAGGGGAGCAAGGAGGACCGGGAGUCACUGGAGAGCCAGGUGGAAAGGGUCCGCGGGGUGAAAGAGGCGAGAAGGGGGAAGCAGGGGCAUCUGGCGUUCCCGGCCCCCCUGGUGGGAAAGGACCAACUGGGGAUGACGGACCCAAAGGGAACCCAGGCCCAGUCGGUUUCCCUGGAGAUCCAGGGCCCCCAGGUGAAAUGGGACCCCGGGGCCAAGAUGGAGCCAAAGGCGAGCGGGGAGAAGAUGGAGAGCCAGGGGAAGCGGGUUCUCCGGGCCCAACCGGUGAGAACGGCCCUCCUGGCCCUCCAGGGAAGAGGGGUCCCGCCGGCACUGCAGGCCCAGAGGGACGUCAGGGGGAGAAAGGGGCCAAGGGAGAACCGGGGGCCCUGGGACCUCCUGGGAAGACGGGGCCGGUGGGACCUCAGGGAACGCCUGGGAAACCCGGACCGGAUGGGCUGAGAGGCAUCCCCGGAUCAGUGGGUGCACAAGGCAAACCAGGAGCCACCGGCCAGGCCGGCCCCCCGGGACCAGUGGGCCCCCCUGGCUUACCUGGGCUGAAAGGCGACUCUGGACCCAAAGGAGAGAAGGGGCACCCGGGUCUCAUUGGCCUGAUCGGACCCCCGGGAGAGCAGGGAGAGAAGGGAGACCGGGGUCUGCCCGGCCCACAAGGCAACAAGGGACCCAAAGGAGAGUCCGGCAUUCCGGGCCCCACUGGCCCCAUCGGUCCUGGAGGGGCCCCCGGACUUCCUGGUCCACCCGGCCUCCCCGGCCCCAAGGGAGCCAUGGGUCAAGCCGGUCCGAAAGGUCAGCGUGGAGUUCCUGGACCCCCCGGACACCCGGGCCCCCCUGGCGAAGUGAUCCAGCCGCUGCCCAUCCAGAGGCCCAAGAAGAACAAGCGAUCCAUCGAUGGCAGCCAGCUCCUCCCGGAGGAGGAGAUGGCAUCCGAUGCAGCCGGCCGCUCCCCCUCGGAGGGCAUGGAGGAGAUCUACGGGUCGCUCAACUCCUUGCGUCAGGAAAUCGAGCAAAUGAGGAAGCCGCUGGGUACUCAGGACAACCCCGGCCGCACCUGCCAGGACCUGCAGCUCUGCCAUCCGGACCUGCCUGAUGGCGAAUAUUGGAUCGACCCCAAUCAGGGCUGCUCGAGAGACUCCUUCAAGGUCUUCUGCAACUUCACGGCAGGUGGCGAGACGUGCGUUUUCCCCAGCCAGGCAACUCAGGAGGUGAAGAUGUCCACGUGGGACCACGAGACCCCCCCGAGUUGGUUCAGCCAGUUCCGGAAGGCAGCAAGGUGAUUCUCCUACGUGGAUGCCGACGGCAACCCCCUGGGCAUCGUCCAGCUGACAUUCCUGCGGCUGCUCAGCGUCUCAGCUCGGCAGAGCUUCACCUACCACUGCCAGCGUUCGGUGGCAUGGCAUAGCCGCGGCACAGCCCCCUGGGGCUACCAGCAUGCCCUCCGCUUCCUGGGCGCCAACGAGGAGGACAUGAGCUACGACAACAGCCCCUACAUCAAGGCCCUGGCUGACGGCUGCGCGAUGCGGAAAGGUUCGGACAAGACAGUGCUGGAGGUGAACACGCCCCGCGUGGAGCAGCUCCCCCUGCUGGACGUGCGGGUGACGGACUUUGGGGAGCCCGGCCAGCGGUUCGGGUUCAAAGUGGGGCCCGUGUGUUUCCUCGGCUAGAACGGAGUCCCUC